AUAUGCGUCCGGGUUGGGUCGGCCCCAGCGAGCGGUUUCCUCUCGCCUUCCCUCCUUCUCGCCUUCCCUCCUUCCCCCCUUCCCUGCCGCGCCGGCGCUGCGGUGGAGCGGCCGCCGUGCCCGCUGAGGGAGAGCCGCCCGCCCCGCUCCGGCGAGGGGCUGGAUCAAUAGUUUCCUGAAUAAGCCAGAGAGUCAUCUGAGACACAAAGAUGUUGGAAGAAGAUAUGGAAGUGGCCAUUAAGGUGGUAGUAGUAGGAAAUGGAGCUGUUGGGAAGUCCAGUAUGAUUCAGCGAUAUUGCAAGGGGAUUUUUACAAAAGACUACAAGAAAACUAUUGGUGUAGAUUUCCUGGAAAGACAAAUCCAAGUUAAUGAUGAAGAUGUCAGGCUAAUGUUAUGGGACACUGCAGGUCAAGAAGAAUUUGAUGCCAUAACUAAGGCCUACUAUAGAGGAGCCCAGGCUUGUGUUCUUGUGUUUUCUACAACUGAUAGAGAGUCCUUCAAAGCAAUCCCUACCUGGAAGGAAAAAGUUGUGACUGAAGUUGGAGACAUUCCCACAGUUCUUGUGCAGAAUAAGAUUGAUCUUCUUGAUGACUCUUGCAUAAAGAACGAAGAGGCAGAAGCACUGGCAAAAAAGCUGAAGUUAAGGUUCUACCGAGCAUCCGUGAAGGAAGACCUGAACGUAACUGAAGUUUUUAAGUAUUUGGCUGAUAAAUAUCUUCAAAGGCUCAAGCAACAAACAGCUGAAGAUCCAGAACCAGUACAUACAAGCAGUAACAAGAUUGGUGUUUUUAAUACAGCUGGUGGAAGUCACUCCAACCAAAAUUCUAGCACUCUUAAUGGUGGAGAUGUCAUCAACCUUAGACCGAACAAACAGAGGACCAAGAAAAACAGAAGCCCUUUUAGCAACUGCAGCAUACCUUAGACCACUUGUCAGAGGGGGAAAAAAGCAACCCAGUGAAUUGGAUGAAGUUGUGCAAUUGAAUGCAGAAUAAAGCCAGCUGUAGAGGUAUUUUCACCAGUGCUUUAGCAAAACUUGUGCCUGUGGGAUCCCUGUUAGAGGAUGGAUUUAUAUAAACUUGCUGAUGCAGUGGGUUUUGGUGUGUAGUGUGAGACACCUGGUGGCAAAACAGAACCGUGGCUGCCCUGUGCACUUUGUAAAAAUUAGGCAAGCUUCUCCUUUUUCAAGGAAUUAUUUACAGAGCUAUGAACUAGGUAUUUCUGAUUUGCAAAGCACAUUUAAUGUAAGGAUAAUACUUCCAAAUAUAGGUACAGACCAUAACACUAUGGCCCAAGGUAAAGUAGCAACCUUGCAACUACAUUUCAAGGAAAAUGUUAGAAUUGGUUAGUGAGGAAACUUAAGAUAAAUGAAGAGUGAAAAGAAGAGACUACCUUUUAUGCCCGACCGUAUUAAUGUGGAUUCUGGCAGUUCUGUCAGUGCAAUAUACUUGUAUUAUAUAUAUGAGUGCUAAGGUAUAUAUGUAAACGUUUGGUAUGAAUAUUUAGGCUAAAUUCCAGUGAUAUGUUACUUGGAGAUCAAUGCUAAUGAUCACAAAAUAGCAUCUUCCAAAAAAAAAAAAAAUUUCCGUUAACAAUGUUGCAUUUCAGGUGAGGCUUUCCCAGCUGCCACUGUGUCUGCUUAACUUGCUAUACUUUGGGCCUAAAAGUUUAGGUUUAAAAAUGUAUGGUGCCAAAAAUGCUCCUUCUUUUUACGUAAUGAUGUGCUACAGAAGUUUUUGUAAGUUUGUUUUUCUCAGUCUUAACAGAUCGAACAAGUAACAGUGUCUUUCACACUAAUAGCUAUUCAGAAGGAACAAAUAGUAUAAUCAUAUUCCUGUUCAAAUUUGAUUGUUGUAUCCUGUGUUGUCUAUGAAAAAGGAACUUGCAAAGUGGUGUCACAAAAUAUUAAUCUCUGGCAAAAUUUUUAAUAGGUUCUAUAAACUGAGUUAUGAAGGAUCCAAAAAAUGCAGCUGAUGGGUGAAUUACGUUAAUGGGACAUUCUUGAAUAUUGUCUCAAGAUUCAAAGUUAGCUGCUGGUCACAGAAGAUCUUAAUUCUGCAAGACCUGAGACGUGGCAAAAUUUUGUCAAAGUGCUCAAGUAAUUUUACAGAAUUGAUUUAGAUGUUUAGGAGACCAAAUCUAAAUUGAAGUUGUGUGGGCUUAGGCUCCUAAAUCACUAAGGUGCUUUUAAAAAUGCUGAGCAUGAUAUCUUUUUAUUUACCAAAAAUAAACACUUUUUAAUCCUCUACAAGAGCAUGCAUGCCUUUUAAAAAAAUACCCAUUUUGUUUACAUGGUUUUGUACGGUAUGAUAUAAUUUUAACUUUCUAGGAUUUCUACAACAAACCUGCGGUUGACAAAUGCAAAAUAUGCUGCUUGAAAAAAUUCAAAGUUUUAAUAGUUUUUUAAAUGGUGUAUGAAAAUGAAAAUGAGUUGAGUGAUCCUGUAUAUUUUUGGAGGAAGGACUUUUCACUGUGUGAAUCCAUGUAGGAAGCUUGACUUCGUUUCUAAGUCAGUGAGUAUGAAAACUGAAAUGUACUCUUCCCCUCGCCCCCCCCCCCCCCCCCCCCCCCCCCCAGUUUGCAGGGAGAGAAGUGGGUGGCAAGUUAUGCACAAACACUAAAGAUCGCUGAACUCUGUAUUACAUGUUUACUAUGUUAGACUUUCUACCAAGUACCGUUGUUUCCUUGACAAACUGUUAAAGCAUCUCCUGUUGCUGGCAAGAAGGCAGCCUUCAAGGCACUGAGUCCCCUUCGCUAGUGCAGCAAAACUGUGUUCUUCACCGUAAUGUUUCCUAUAUUUUCUCUUGGAUAAAGGCCUUUAUUUUUUAACUAGUGCAUUUAAUCACUGUAUGUAUGUAAAGAUGGAGUCAAGUCCUAUCUGUCUUAGCAAUUUAAGUAGUAAGGUACUUAGGAUAAGACUUAUGACUGUACAUCAUGGGGCCACCUUACAAAUUCAGGAUGUGGAAUAGAGUGUAUGCAUGAAGAAUUUUGAUAACUGUUUUUAAUAUGGAAACUCUUACAUUUCGUUGUCUGUCUGCCAGUUUCACAUUUUUUUUAUUCUUUUUUUCUUCAAAAGGAAACAAAACCACAAAGUGUCUGAAACAUCUUUUUUGCCUUGUUUGACUUUGUACAGAGUACUGAAAAAUGUCUUUAUUACCUGUAAUGACCAUUCGUACUAUGACAUGUUAUACCGUAGACCAGGGGUCCUCAAACUACAGCCCGCAGGCUGGAUACGGCCCCCCAGGGUCCUCAAUCCGGCCCCCGGUAUUUACACAACGCCCCCCCCCCCCCCCCCGCUGGGGGUUGUGGGGGGGAAACCAAGCAGCCGCAGAUGACUGCCUGCUACUUCAUCUGCGCGCCGGCCCCCUGCUUAAAAGGUUUGAGGACCCCUGCCGUAGACGUACUAUUGCGUAAGCCGUUUGCAUUUAAGGUCUGUCAUUAUAAACCACUGGUUUAAGGACUGAAAACUCAGUAGAAAUUUUCAUAGGUGGAGACUUGACAGACUUGCUGAAUUUAGGCUAUGUUGAAAUUUAGUAUACGUACUUUCAUGUAGGAAUAUAUAUUUGCAGCAUUGGGUAACAGUGAGUUUUCAUUUCAUUCCCAUCUUAAAACUAAAGUUGCUUUCUCUUUGUUGUGACUUUGCAGUGCUUGUUCUCCAGUGUGACUGAGGUGGAGAUUGUCCAAAUUAGCAUUUUUCUGGAGAGUGCUCUGCACGUACGUUGCUUGAAAAUUUAUUUUUUAUCCUACUGGGGUUAGUGUGUAGAUAUAAACCAGAUGACUUGCAUAUUGCAGGAAUCCUUAGGUAUGCACAUUGCUCUUCAGCGAGAGUAAUUUUUCUUUUGGAUGGAGAGACUUGCCUAAACGUUAAGCACUCAUAUUGUCCUUUGUGAAUAACUUUUAUUACAAACACUGCCCCAUUCUCCACUCAAAGUGUUCUCGUUGAAGUAUCGUGUGCUUUAGUUACCAAAACUUGCAGGUGUAGAGCUGAUAAUCACAAUGCCCUUCUCUGUGCGUCUGUGUGACAGAUCAGCACUCUGGAUCAGGAGCAACAGAUGUUCCUAUCACAAGCCACAAAAUGUUGUUCUGUGAGACUAAGCUAAUUGCACUCCUGUUUUAUCAGUUAUUAUCUCCUGAAUAGCUUGUUGGCUGUAUUAUCUGAAUCUUGCCAAAAUUCUUUGAUUUCACCUGAUAAUACUACCACUAGCAGGAAACUUCAGUAAUUGUUAAUGCCUUAGUGAAAUAAGCAUUCGCUAAGGAGUAUGACACUAAAGCAUCUGCCACUCCCCUGUUCUAUCCAUUCAGUGAAUGGGUAUCCUCCCAGUAAGUGGGGCAUCACUUGAUGCAAAGCGGUAAUGCUAGGGAUGUAUUUCCAACUGGAAAUAACAAAUCUCCAAGUUGUAAGACUGAUCACGCUAAGAUUUUUGUGCUUGUGUGUUGUGUGGUUAAUUAAAAAAAAAAAAAAUCAAUCCAUUUAAGACAGUUUGGGAGCUUUCUUAUUUUCAGUGUGUCUUAAGGCAAUGCUUAACCUUUUUUAGUCAAAAUGCCUGAAUUACCAUACUGUCAGUCUGAUUUCCUGUUUAAUUUUUUUAUGCUUCAGUAAAAUUUUUCUUUCCCCCUCCCACUGAGCUACAGCAUAUCACACGUAGUUUUUCUUUGCAUCACUUCUGUGGAUGUACAUUAUACUAAAGGGAAUUGAGCAGCGGAACACGUACUGCCUGGAGGUUAUGCAGGGGUACAUGCAGAAUACUCGCUGAACAUGCACUUUUGAACCUGUUAAUUCAUCUGUUCAAGUUGAUAGCUACUAGUUAAUAGCACAAUUAAUAAUUUGCACUGCAGAACCCUCUAGUGGGAUUUCAGUCAUACAGCAAACCAACAAGCAUGCUUCUUGGAUUCCGGUCAUGGUCCCUAAGCCCCUUACUGCUUUUCUAAAGAUAAUUAUCAACCCUUGGUUGAAGUUGCAGUACCCCGAAUGCUAAUUACAUAAACCAGGGAGCAAGCACGGUCCAACAAGCUUGCUUUCAUCAAACCUACCUUGCCAUCUUUUUGUAGGAAGCAACAGUUGUAUCUUUUCCUUAAUGCUCAAAUAGUAUUGAAAGAAGAAAGUAUUUACUCUGUUAACUAUGGCAUCCAAACAGGUAAUCAAAAUUGAAAAAAAUGCAGCAAUGCUUGCAUUUAAGAUGAAAGGUGCUAUAACAGAGUAAGAGAAACUUACAGAACACUUCACAUGGAACUGUUUGAAAGAGUCAUCUCAGAGCUGGCUCUGACAGGUGAGUCCUAGUACGGAACUAGACUCAUUCUCAGGUUUCUAGUAGUAGGGAAAUACUGAUGAAUAAUUUAUGGAGUGAGUGCUAUUUCUUCUGUCACAGAGAUAAAAGUGGUUCAGCGGAACUGAGUAAAGUUGGUCAAAAAAAGUAAAAAUUAAUGUGGAUCAGGAGAAAUACCACUCUCAUUGUGAAGAUAAAGAUGCAUCGUUACUAAUAAAUUGCUUACACGUGAACUUGCAAGUAAGAGUAUCUGAACAGUUGAAUCAGAUAAUGUACCUAAUUGUUCUUAUCACAGUCGUGAUCUCAAGUAAAUGUAAUAUAUUUUUAGAAAAAAAGUCAACAUAACUUAUCAUAAGUCCUCAAGUGGAAAAAUAAAUGUUUAAAACUAAAUAUUCUGUGUAUGCCAUUCCUGUAAAAUCCUGACAAAUUAAUUCUGCUGUUCUCUUGAAAAGUGACAUUAGUUGUGUCACGCAAUUUAAACGUGUUUGUUUGAUUACUGUUUGGUCUGAUACAAGUCACUACUUUUGUGGUUAUGUUAAAUUGUCGUUGUAUUAAAUUUCACAAAAUAGCUGUAACCCUG